AUGACAACAACCUGUUUCCGUAGGUCUUACGAAGUACCAGAGGCGUUCGCAGGAUGUCAUUAUCUGGGCACAAAUUUCUAUGUCCUACAAAAUCAACUCUUUACCAUACCCAUGUUAUAUCGAAGAUCUAUAAUGGAUAUCACCAGCGGAGAUAUGCAAGCUGGUCGUGGAACGUCUACAAAAGAACAAGUAUUUCACAUGGAGAGUAACUAUAUUAUUAGUGAGUGGAUCAUAAGCGCUGUACUCGUUUCUGAAUUUAAAACAGUUUGA